CCCCGAAGUCACGUGACGCGCCCGCCGCCCGGGAACGCCCCCGGCCCGCCCCCGCGCACGCGCACUGGGGCGCGCGGCUCCCCGAGCGCAGCCGGCACCGUGACAGCGCCGAGCCGGAGCCGAGACCGCUCCCUGCCCGCGCGACGCCCACCGAGCUCUGCGCUUUGGUGUCCUUGCACCUGGGGAAACAGGAGGUGUCUCCGAGCGGUCUUCAUUCCUGGCAGGAACACCCCUGCUCCUCUGUCGCCUGUCGCAUCCGCUCUCAACUCCUCGCUCUCCACAGCUCGCCCUCUCCAGACCUGCCCUGCCCGGAGCGCUCGAAGCGGGCCCCUGUCCCCGGCACGGUGCUGACGCCGCUCCCGCCGCUCCCGUGCCUCCGGCGUCGCUGGGCAGCCUCUGCUGAACAGAAUGUCUCAGUGGUAUCAACUUCAGCAACUUGAUUCCAAGUUUUUGGAGCAAGUUCACCAGCUAUAUGAUGACAGCUUUCCUAUGGAGAUCAGGCAGUACCUGGCACAGUGGCUGGAAAACCAGGAUUGGGAACAUGCUGCCAACAAUGUAUCAUUUGCUACACUGUUAUUCCAUGACCUGCUGUCACAGCUUGAUGAUCAAUUCAGUAGAUUCUUGAUAGAAAACAACUUUUUGCUGCAGCACAACAUAAGGAAAAGCAAACGUAAUCUUCAGGAUAACUUCCAAGAAGACCCAAUCCACAUGGCAAUGAUCAUCCACAACUGCCUGAAAGAAGAGAGGAAAAUACUUAACUGUGCCCAGGCAUGCAAUGAGAUGGAAGUAGGGAGUGUACAGAACACUGCAACUGGGAUGCCAGACAAGCAGAAGGAGCUUGAUGCCAAAGUCAGGGAUAUUAAAAGCAGUGUUACAGAUGUGGAGCAGGACAUCAAGACAUUAGAGGAUUUGCAAGAUGAAUAUGACUUCAAAUGUAAAACCCUGCAGAACAGAGAACAUGAGUCCAAUAGUAUGUCUCAGGAGGAAUACAAGAAAGAGCAGCUGAAUCUCCAGCACAUGUUCUUAUCACUGGACCGCAAGAGAAAGGAGGUGGUGAACGAGAUAGUGCAGCUGCUGCAGAGCACAGAGCACACACAGGCUGCCCUUAUUAACAAUGAGCUGGUGGAGUGGAAGCACAGGCAACAGACAGCAUGCAUUGGUGGGCCACCCAAUGCCUGCCUCGACCAGCUGCAGACCUGGUUCACCAUUGUUGCUGAAAGUCUGCAGCAAGUUCGUCAGCAACUCAAGAAGCUUGAGGAACUGGAACAGAAGUUUACCUAUGACCCUGAUCCCAUCACAAAAAAUAAACAAUUUCUGCAGGACCUAACACACAAGCUUUUCCAGCAGCUCAUCCAAAGCUCCUUUGUGGUAGAGAGGCAGCCUUGCAUGCCAACACACCCUCAGAGGCCACUAGUCCUGAAGACAGGAGUGCAGUUCACUGUGAAGCUGAGAUUGCUGGUGAAACUGCAGGAACUGAACUAUAACUUGAAAGUGAAAGUUUUAUUUGAUAAAGAUGUAACUGAGAAGAACUCAGUCAAAGGGUUCAGGAAAUUUAAUAUUUUGGGAACAAACACAAAAGUAAUGAACAUGGAAGAAUCUACUAAUGGAAGUCUUGCAGCAGAAUUCAGGCACUUGCAACUGAAGGAGCAGAAAAACACAGGGAGCAGAACAAAUGAGGGUCCUCUGAUUGUGACAGAAGAGCUUCACUCUCUGAGUUUUGAGACACAGCUGUGCCAGCCUGGUUUGGUAAUAGACCUAGAGACCACAUCCCUUCCCAUUGUUGUGAUCUCAAAUGUGAGCCAGCUUCCCAGUGGAUGGGCUUCCAUCUUGUGGUUCAACAUGCUGUCUACUGAUCCCAAGAACCUGUCCUUCUUUCUGAAUCCACCUUGUGCAAAGUGGUCUAAGCUCUCUGACGUUCUGAGUUGGCAGUUUUCUUCUGUAACAAAGAGAGGACUUAAUGCAGAUCAGCUGAGCAUGCUGGGGGAGAAGCUUCUUGGGCCAACAAACGGAGGAUCUCAGGAUGGCCUUAUUCCUUGGACAAGAUUCUGCAAGGAAAAUAUAAAUGAUAAAAAUUUCCCCUUUUGGCUGUGGAUUGAGGGAAUCCUGGAGCUUAUUAAGAAACAUCUCCUGUGUCUCUGGAAUGAUGGCUGCAUUAUGGGCUUCAUCAGCAAAGAGAGAGAACGUGCUCUGCUGAAGGACCAGAGCCCAGGAACAUUUUUAUUGAGGUUCAGUGAAAGCAGCAGGGAGGGAGCAAUCACCUUUACCUGGGUAGAGGAAUCUCAGAAUGAGCCACAGUUCCACUCAGUAGAGCCCUACACCAAGAAGGAGCUCUCUGCCGUGACCUUCCCCGACAUCAUCCGCAAUUACAAAGUGAUGGCAGCCGAAAACAUCCCUGAGAACCCACUGCGGUUCCUGUACCCCAACAUCCCCAAGGACAAUGCCUUUGGCAAAUACUACUCCAGGCCUAAGGAGGCACCAGAGCCAAUGGAUUUGGAUGGUCCCAAGGGAACCGGCUACAUCAAGACUGAGUUAAUCUCUGUAUCUGAAGUCCACCCUUCCAGGCUGCAGUCUCCAGAAAACCUGCUGCCCAUGUCUCCCGAGGAGUUUGAUGAGGUGUCUCGAAUGGUGGGCCCCGCCGAGAUCGAUACUGUGAUGUGUACACAUAUCCAGCUCUGAGCUUUGGCCGAGCUUUCCCUGCGCCAUUAGCACGGCCCAUCCGCUUCACGCAUCCUGUGCUGCAGUCAGUGCCUUGGUGACAGCGCUUCACUUCUUGGGUUUCUCAGCAUGAAGGUCCAGCAGCAGUUUUAGCUGAUGGGAAUAUCAACAGCAGCAGCCUGAGCAACCUCCUUACGUGCAUAUCUUUGUUUAAUUAGCAAGAUACCAUGGACAUCUUUGUUUAAUUAGCAAGAUACUGUGCCAGAGUGGAGGAAGAGGAAGGUGAGAACGUGAGUUCCUCAAUGACAGUGAUGGCAGAAACAUGCAUUCACUGUUUGAAGGAAUUAGUUAAAUGUUUAAAACAGUUAACUGUACAUAGAAGGCUUCAAAGAAAAGCUGGUUCUUUUACAGAGGUUCUGUUCAGAAAGCUUACACCUUGAAUUUUUGUCUGCAUCACAAAAGGGAAACGCUCUACACAUACCAUGCCACACCAAAUCCAUGUGCUGCUGAAGUUUGUUGUGCUUUUAGCUCUUCUGGGCAUGGCCCACGGAGAGAGCAGAAGCCCCAAAUGUUGCCUGCAUUUCAUUUUCACAAUUUUCACAAGGCACAAUCUUGUGUAGGAUGUUUAGCACAAUCUUUCUCAAAAAAAGCAUUUUUUAGGACACCACCUUCAAGCUGCAUUGGCACAUGCUGAGCUUGGAACCCAAGGUGUAUAAUCAAGACUAAAGCCUCUGCAGACUGCAGUCAUCAGACAAAAUCACAACCUCCUCUAGAAGGGCUGUAAAAGGGAUUGAAUUAUGUUUUUAUUUACUGUGCCUAAUCUGCCGAGGUGAGGAUCUGGUCACCCCAUCUUCUGCAAUAAUACAGACCCCAUGUAGGUUAUAACAGGUGGAAUGGAACUCAGUUUUCUCAUGCAUUAUGUACCAGGGCAUUUGUUUAACUGUUAAUUUGAAUAGCUAAAAUACUUUACAGGUUUUGAUAAUGAAGUGGUUUUGUAAUUAGGGGUAAGGCACAGGAAAGUGAAGAAGUUAAAGUUCAUCCAGAGCAAUGGCUGCAGGAUAUGCAGGCUGCAGUCCUCAAAGGAUGAAGCUGUGCUUCCACCAGAGGAGGAGCAGGUUGGUUUCUCAGCACGUUUGAAGGCAAUUAACAGCUCUCAGUUAAGAGGCAAGGCUGUUCAGGCAGCUGGUCUCUCUCUGAGGGUACCUGUUAGUGCAGGCUGCUCAUCAGCACCGAGCCGAGCAGAGGGGCUGCAGGGCACUCGUGCUGCACCCCAUCUGUGCAGGGACAGGAACACUGCAGGGGCCCUGCCUGAGCAGGGGCUUGGACAAGGUGACCUCCAGAGGCCCCUCCAGCCCCAGCAGCCGCUGUUUGGGAACAGAAGGACUGCUUCAGUGUGGUGUGCUGUGCCCAAGACAUCUGAUGUGCCCCCUGAAAAAGCUUCAUAGAAAAAAUAAAGGACCUAGAGCAUGUAACACAUGUUUAAAUGAAAGUAUUGCCAACACAUAUUUAAAAGAAAGCAUUGCAAACUGACUUAUUUUUGGUGCCCUGAGUUACUGAGAUUAACAGUGCUACAGGAAAUUACUCAAUGCUUUUAUCUUAAUGUAACUAGCUGGAUGUGCAUCUGUUGCUAAUACAAAAAUCAAGUUGUUUUUUGAGCUAUGCUUUGUAUUCAUGUUCUGCAAGUCAUUACUUUUGUUCUUCAGUUUUGUGGGACUUAAAGCAGUGGCCUUAUUCACAGCUUGGUCUUUCCAUAGCCAAUAGUUCUAGAAGCAGACUUUUCCUCAAUGGAAUAUUCUUUUAUAGAGUUCAAAUAAAAGGAACUGUCAGUUGCCACUUUUGUCCUCUCUCUCCUGUUUUGGCUACUUCUCUUAUAAAGUGGAUGUGCCAGUCAGUAUUUUACUACUCUGUAUCUCAUUUUAAACUUUAAGUUGUGCAACUAAAGAGUUACAGCUCUGAAUCCUGAGGCAGUAUUGAUGCUUUUAAUUCUUUGCAUUGUUGCAGGGCUGUCAGCUCUGGAGUUCUUAGAAGGUGGCUGUUACCUUUUUUUUAUUACUGCUUGUAUCACUUCAUUUGUUUCCAUCCCCACACAACUUGCAAUAAACUGAACUUGAAUUUCUAAUUUGAGUCCUCAGUAGGAUAACUGAUCUGUGGCUCAUCUUUGCGGGCUACCAAGCUGGACCCUGCUGCUUUUCUCUGGGGCUAGUAAGUGACAAAAUCCCUCAUCUCACACUUGUCAGGCUUUUAUAGGAACUGUACAGCCAGAAGAACAAUAAAGGAAGCUGGUGGUGUGAUGAAGGAUAGCAAAGUCAAGAGAAAGCUAGACCUGUUCAGAGUACCUUGCCACAAUUCCAGCAUUAACAAAAAGCAGCCACCAGUGAAAGGACAGAGCUCUGGAAGUGUAGGUUUCAAAAUAAACACCAAAAAAUCAGGAAAACGCUGCAUUACAGAAAUUCAUUCUGAUUUCCUGAAUGCUUCGCACAAUGGAAAUGACCAGAGUAGGUUUUCCAGGACAGCCUCCCCACAACUGAAGACUUGUUUCAAUGGAACUCCUACAGAUAACCAAUAAAACCCAGCAGCACCACCAUCAUCUUGGUAUUUCCAUUUAUUAUGCUGUAAAAAGCAACACUAUCUGGAUUUUAUUUCUUAAAAUAAAUAACUUUCAUUUUCAGAACCAGUACAGCUCAAGUUUAGAUUCAUUCAUGGGAAACUGCUAGAAAUACAUUCAUCACUGUCUAGUCCCCACAAUACAGAAUCUAAAAGUCAAGAUCAGCCCAGUCAGUUACAAUGACCAGAAGUACACUGCCAGUAAGUAUAGUCACGGAUAGUCCAGCUCUGAAGCAAAAAAAAAAAAAUAAAUCUGGUACAAUACAGUUUGUUCACAAAGGCUAAUUAAUGCUAAGACUACCACAAUAUUUCUGAGUACAAAGCAUUAAGUUAGCUGAACGAUUUUAGGUUGUGAUACAGAAGAAACAUAGAAGACAUAAAAACAAAGGAGUGGGGAGGAAUCUUCUUUGGAGCAUAAGGAAGUCAGCGUUGGGUAAGAUAACCAAAAGCUAUUUACUGUAAAAUCUACAUGUCAGUGUCAUGAAUGAUAAACAGCCAAACCAAUGUACUGCAUAUAUUUAUAUUUAUAAAUAACGCCAUGUCUAAGUAGCUGCAUCGCUGAAUUGGACAUUACAAAAUAAUCUAUCCUCUCACGAUGAGAAAAUACUUAAACUAACCAGCAAAAAUGCACUGAAGCUAGGACUGGCUGAAAGCACUCGGUAUGAAAGCAUUAAGUUUAGGGACAGCUAUGAUCUUCAAUGUUAGCUCAGUUACAAUCCUUUUGGUUUUGGUUUGUUUGUUUCACGUGUACUAUAUUACAUACCUACGUCUAAAAAUGCCGGUUUGAGCAACGCGAUGUCAGUUCAAUAAAGCUACAUCAGGUAUUUUUCUGAGAAGCUACAGAAUGUGCUGUAAUAGGGGCAAAAUAGGGAAGAUUAGCACUGCAAUUUGUCAUUUUGAACUAGGGUCCAUCUGAAAAUAUUCCUUUACACUGAAGCUCAUAAAUCUGUUGCCUUGUGCUACCCAGUGACUGACGUGGCUCAACAAAGAGCCAGAGGCCAUUUCAUUCAGUUCUUGUUUACAACGGGGGUGGCCGUGACACAGGAUGUGAAGAGAAUGGGUUAAAAGCCUUCAGAAAAAUAGCUGAUCUUCAGAAGAACAAAAAAAAGAAAAAAAAGAAAAAAACCAAAA